AAGGUCCUAUAAUCGCAUAGUGGAAGAAAACCAAAGAAAAGAUAAAGAAAGUGAUAAGCAAAUCCAUCUAUCCAUCCAUCCACUCACUUGGCUGCAACAACGAAGUUGAACAAUGGAGGCCAAGCUCCUCCAUUUCCUCGCUUCAACACCAUCCUCACCAACCCACCUUGUCCUCUCAAAACCUACAGGAACAGGACACAACCAUAUCUUCUCAGGGUUCUCACCUACCCGUCCAGGAUGUCUCAGAAUCUCUACACCCAUUUACAACAGCACUGGCAGUGAUGGUGGCAACACCAGUAGUCCGGAAACUGACAGUAACAGCGUGCCGCCGCCACUGGCGCCGGACAACACGGGACUGCGAUUUCGAAAGAGGUCGAGAAGGCGGACGAAACUGCAGAGAGAGGAGGGCAGUGAUGGGGAUGGUGGACGGUUCACAAAGGCUCAAGCUAUUACUAAACCUGCUGCUGCUCCGAAGAAGUGGGAGGAUAUGAGUCUGGGUGAGAAGGCCUUGGAACUUUAUGUGGGGGAGAAAGGGUUGCUAUUUUGGAUAAACAAGUUUGCUUAUGCUUCCAUUUACAUUGUGAUUGGAGCUUGGCUUUGCUUCAGGUUUGUUGGACCAGCACUUAACCUUUACCAGUUGGAUGCACCUCCUCUCUCUCCCACUUCAAUCCUCAAGGGUUCCUGAGUCUCAUAACAGCAAUUAAACCUGCACAACAUCCAAUAUGUCACCAAUCUUAGAACCCAUUUUUCUUUUCUUUUUUCUUUCUUUUCCAGAGAGAUUUUGUAUUUCUGAUUUUGAUGUGAUGAUAAUUCACCAUCGUUUCACCUUUAAAGCAGACUUGGGUUGUCCG